CCAUGACGCCGACGCCAAUCUGGAGGGGUGGUCAAUCUCUUGCGCAUGAGCCAGCGAUCUCAAAUGCUAUUAAAGACUCCAUCUGGCUCCUCCUCGUCUCCCUCUUCCUCUUUUCCCUCUCUUCCUUUUCAACUUAUCCCGCGUCGAUCGCGUUGUGAAUAUUCUAUCGAGACCGCAUUGCUGGUCCUGUAUCACUACUUCUACCUUCUUCCUUUUUAUAGUUCUGUUGUGAAUCAUCCCAAUGUUCAAGCAGUACUCUCACAUCUUGUCCCACAAGAGGCGUCGCAGCAGGGGAAGCACCAUCAACCAAGUCCUAUCCGCAGCUCAGUCUGAGCCUGCAUCCGAGGCUGCGACGGUAAGCGACCCUGUCGAAAUAUGGACGCACUCGCAGUUGCUGCCCGAGGAUGAUGAGCAUCGCAAGGACUGCUUCACCACCCUGACCCCGCGCAUUCACAAGUACGACCAUGUCGCCCAGCGCGGCAGCGAUCGCUUCGUUCAGGACUUGACGGCCGCUCUGAACCUGGAUGAGCCCCAGACCAGCUACCUCUCCUCCCCCGUCGGCAACUAUGCCAGCUUCCUCUACCCGGAGUGUCUGCCCGAACGUCUCGAGACUGUCGCGUACUUGACUGAACUCGGCAAUCUGCAUGAUGGCAAACAACAAGGCAAGAAAACCGAUGAGUCCGCCGAAUCCCCCCGUGUCGCCGCUCGGAAACAACUACUAGAAAAGGCCAUGUCGGAGCUGUCGGACAAGGACAAGGAUGGCCACGAGAUCAUCGACUGCUACCGCAGUAACUGGCUGGUCACCCCGGAGGUCCCCACAGCCGAGAACUGCGCCAACCUCGACGACUAUGUCGCCCGGAGACGCCUCAAUGCGGGCAUUGACGUCUACUGGACCCUCAUGGGCUUCGCGCAUGGCACCCGUCUCGGGAAAGAAGACCAGGCGGUGGUGCGCGACGCAUUGGAUGCCGCCGAGCGCGCCAUGUUCUUCACCAACGACUACUACAGCUGGCCCAAGGAGAAGCGUGUCUCCAAGAAGCGCCCCGUUGCCAAUGUGAUUCUCUUCCUCAUGGAACACCAGAACAUGUCCGAGGAAGACGCCGUCGCCAAGGCGAAGCAGCUGAUCAUCGACAACGAGCACGAGUUUGUCCGCCGUCGCGAGGCGCUCUACCAGGCCAACUCGGACCUGGCACCUCAGCUCCGCAAAUGGAUGGAGGUUCUGGGAGCCUCCCUGGCUGGUAUUCACUACUGGUGCAAGAAUGCUCCGCGCUACGCAGUCCCCGAAACUGCCGAGGAGAGUGAAGAGGAGGAGUCGUCAUCCGAGGAAGAUGGCUCCGAUGAGGAAGAAUCUUCCUCUGACGAAGACACCGAAGACGACGAGGAAGAAGAAGAGGAGGAAGAAAAGGCUGCCCCCGUUGAGGUGGUACCGGAACCCGAAGAGAGUGAAGAACCCGUGGAGGUGGCUGUCUGGACCCCCCUGGUCACCGAGGAGGAAACCCCCGACGUGCAUCUGGAUACCUCCGCCCUGCUGGCCCCAUCCAGCUACGCCCGCUCUAUUUCCCGCAGCACCCUGCACAGCGACCUGCUCACUUCCCUGAAUGCCUGGCUGCAGGUUCCCGCCCGCCCGUUGGCCUUCAUUCGCCAGGUUAUUACCGAGCUGCAGGAUUCGACCGGUAUGCUGGCCGACGUGCAGGACCAGGCUGCCCUGCGCGACCAGCGCACCCCGGCCCACCUGGUGUACGGGCCCGCGCAGUGCAUGAACAGUGCAGCGUACUUGUUUGUGCGCGCCGCCCGCAUCGUGACCAGCCUCAACUGCCCCGGCAUGCUGGAUGGACUGCUGCAGGAACUGGAGGCGCACUUUGUCGGCCAGUCGUGGGAGCUGAACUGGCGCUUUUCGACCCACUGCCCCGGCGAGACCGAGUAUCUGGCCAUGGUGGACCAGAAGGCCGGCGCCAGCUUCCGUCUGCUGACGCGCCUCAUGCAGGCUGCUAGCAUGGGCGGCGCUACCCUGGAUCUGGAGCCCUUCACCAAGGUGCUGGGUCGCCUGUCCCAGAUCCGCCACGAGUAUCUGGGUCUGCUGGAGUCCGCCGCUAGCGACCGGUCGUUUGGCGAGGACCUGGACCAGGCUAAGGUGACGUACCCCAUCGUCCGGGCCUGCAACUUGGACCCUGCUGGUCGGGCGGUCAUCUUUGGCAUCUUCCGUCAGAAGCCGGCCGGCACGGUGCUGCCCAUUGAGAGCAAGCGGCAAAUCGUGUCGCUGGUGCAGCAGACGGGGGCCCUGCAGGCCACCUACGACCUGAUCCGCCAGCUGGGCCGUGAGGCCAUGAACACGCUGAGCGAGCUGGAGACGGCGGCGGAGGAGCUGAACCCGUCGUUGCGCGCGGUGGUGAAGUCGCUGGCUGAGGUGCCGGCACCGGAUCACCUGUAAAAAAAUUGAUACCUUUGAUGGAGAUGAUGCGUGGUGGUUGAUAUGAUGAUGAUGACGAUGACGACGAUGACACUCCUUGUUUCUCUAAUGUCUACAUGUCUACUUUCCUUUGGCGUUUUCUGUGAUGAUGAUUUAUGAGACUUUCCUUGAUGUACGGCUAUGAGAUGAUAUGAUUAAUGACGAUUAUAUUUAAGCAUUCUG